AUGCUUGAGCACAGAGCUGGGAUUCGAAAAGGUCGUGAUUUUGGCACACUCAGAUGCGGGUAUGGCAACUUUGAUGUUGCAACGCGACUCAAGUCGAUCUUGAUUCGUCGUGACCUUUACGUGCACCUCAAGUCGAUCUUUAAGGAGUUCGAUGGCUUGAUCACAGAAUUCAUGGAAGAUACUUACUAUGGUCAGAUGAACGUAUCGCCGGACGGAUCUUUUAUCAAGACAGACCCAGACCAAGACUUGGACGAAGGUGGAUCAGAAGCUGGAUCAGACAAAGAAGGUGUGGAAACUUGCAACGUGAGCACUUUCGUGACAUUUGGUCCUUUGAAGAACUUAUUGACACGAUUAGCACGCAACACGUUUGAGGUUGCAAUGUGCAAGCUGGCAAAGGAAUCUGUUCCUGGGAAAGCUCUCACUCUUACCUGCCUCAAGGAUGAUGUGCUUGGGAAGGCAAUCCAAGACUGCCGUGCAAAAUAUGAGACUGAUUUCCCUAAGGUAGCCGUGGCUGAAGUUGAGCCCGCUCGAGAACUUCACUCCGGACUGGAGGUGAUCAACAAGUUGAGCAUUGGUUCGGAGGAGGAGUACAAAGAGGAACUGGCUCAGUUCAACCUCAAGGCGACGAAGCACGAGGACGAUGCUGUCAGGGACUUUGUCUUCUCACGAGUUGAGAUCGUGGUCAACCCUCUUGACGACACACUGAUUCCAAAGUUGCGGAGGGUGAAGAUGAUGGAAGAGAGGAAGAGGAAGCUGUACUUCUACUCUGUCGCCGGAGAUGGUGCGAUCAAUUGGGAGGCGGCGAAGAAGCGUAGAUUGAACCCCUAUGCUGGGACAGGGCCGGGAUUGAAGACUGUGGUGGACACCUUUGAGAAUUUGCAAGCAAAAGAGCCGGACGAGCACACCUCCGGACGGAACAUCCUUGGAAUUUGUGUGAGGGGUUCGCAGGGAAAGGUGAAACCCAUGGAGGUGACCCGAAAGGCUUUGGCUUCGAAGGUGUACAACCUGGCCACGGCUCUUGUGGAUCCUGACCCUCAAGACCUUCUAUCAAGAUUCCGUCGAGGUCGCCGACCUUUUGCGGGCAACGUGGAAGAGAAGAUCAUGCUUCGGAGCCAGAAGGGUCUGACCGAAGCGAAGACGACGAUGAAGAUCCCUCUGUGCUCCCACACUGACUACGCAGCCAUCUUUCAGAACGACGACAGUGCUGGAGAUCGAGAUGAAGAGGACCUGGGGACAGAAGACGCUUUUGUGGAGGUGCAGGAUGGUCAGGUACAAUGCUUUCCGUAUGAGCAUGCCCCGAUCUUCAAGCAAGAGCUCAUCCAUGUAUUCGGUGCUGAAGUAUUUGUUGACCUGAGCCCAGAGCCUCUAGGUUAA